GAGAACAUCGAAUUCAGUAUCAUAUUUAUCAAUAUAGACAAUGAAAGAGAGCUCUGUUGAACGCCACGGUCUUGUGCAGGUACACCAGAACUGUCCUAAGCGACCUUACUUAGAGCUAGUCCUCCCGGAAGAUGUGCACUCGGUCAAAUAUGUGGCCUUUGCAGUGUCAAGUCGAGAUCAAGGUUGGUGCGACAGCAAUGAAGGUGCAUCGUUCACCUCGGUGGAUGUUUCCGCUCGGCGGCCUCCCAAUCGGACUGAUUUGCGUAUAAUGACACUUUUUGAAAAUCACCGUGGAGUUCCCAGGUUUCAUGAUCACACAGCUCGAUGGGAUGAGUCUACCCCGGGAGCCAAGUGGAAGUGGAUCGAGAGCCUCCAGCCUGGAGAUGUCGUCCAGCUUGUUCCUCGUGCGACUUAUCAAGGUUGGGUCAAUUUCAUCCGGACAGCCCGAAUUACAAUAGGGUACCAGCCUAUCACCGAGCGACCCUUGUUGAGGAAUACUCCUUCAAUGGAGAAGCAUAUUUAUGCAAGGUCACUCAAUAGUUCCGAAAAGGAGAUCCGGCUCUUGGAUUUGCAACCAGGCGAAGCAGGAGACCCAGUUGUUUGCUCAAUUCGAUUUCACACCCUCGGAAGCAAGGGGGGAUUUGAGGCUCUGUCUUACUGCUGGGGAAAUGCAAAUGACUCCUCAGAGCUAAUUUUAUAUCCUUCGGAAAUGAAUGGUCCGUCUGAGGUUUAUUCCACUACCGGCUCAGUCUUCAUGGCUUUAAGACAGCUGCGAUACAGAGAUCGACCUAGGUCUAUAUGGAUCGACCAAUUGUGCAUCAACCAGAAUGAUAUCGAGGAAAGAGCACAGCAAGUAAAUAUGAUGACUGAGAUCUAUUCUAAUGCUUCGGCUGUCAAUAUAUGGCUCGGGGAUGGAGACCUAAGCACCGAAGCUGGAAUGAGAGUGGUUCGGGACAUCCACAACUUCAGUGUGCGAGUUUGUAAGGGCGGUGAUGCCUGCACCUGUUUCGGCACCUGUCAUACUAUCAUACCUACAAACAUCUCGGACUCAAUCGAUCAAACAAGAGCCCCCAUCUCGUUCAGAGGAAUGUACGAAAUCUUUGCGGCGCAUCAAAGCAGAUUUGUGACUGGCGUUAGAGAGCUUAUUGGAGGACAUCUCGGUCUUCACUUAUCCGAACUCAUGUCAUGCCUCUUUAUGAACCCUUGGUUUCGACGGAUAUGGGUACUUCAAGAAGCGUUGAGGGCACGGACGGCGCUCGUUUACUGUGGCCCAGAAAUUAUUUCCUGGAACGAACUUCUUGAUGUUAACAUGUGGCUCAACAGUACGGAUUACAGGUUCCAAGAGACAUUCCUGCCAGCCCAUCCCAUGAUGCCUUCAAUCUGGACAAGUUUGAGAAUGCAGCAAAGUAAUCUAGCAAGCCUAGAUCCUCGUGAUUCUUCACAGGAAGGAGGUCAUCAUCUGGGCAUUUUAGAUGUCUUCCUUGAUGGUUUGGAGCUCAAAGCAACAGACCCACGGGACAAGCUUUUUGCCUUACUCCCUUUUGGUCGAGAAACCUGUAUAGCAGAUGAACUGCCCCUUGCAAUCCGGCCUUCCUAUAGCAAAUCUUCGAAAAGAGUUCUUGCCGACUUCACUAAAUGGUGGAUUUGCAAGAACAAAUCUCUAGCCAUUCUAUCAUAUACCCACGGCCAACCAGGACGAGCUUGGAUACGUCUACACGAUGACCCCUUUGGACCCCCAACAUCGAGGCCAACAUGGGCAAUAGGCAGUGACGGAAACGCUGCUUGGGCUAAAACGACUCUGAAUACUUUGUUCCAAUUUACUGCAUCGAAUGCCACUAUCCCAGACCCAUCGCUAAUAGAUCUCGACACGGACUCAGAUCCCGAGACUCUGAAACUGGCGGGCUUCAACUUGGCUACCAUUACCGAGAUGACCUACAUCGCCUUGAAUCACGACUUGAGAGAGAUUAGCGAACCUUUGAAAGACUUGCUAGCCGUCUGGGAUCAGAUCAUCGAUCCGUGUGGACACUACAAGGUAUGGAAUUCAAAGCCGGAGAGGGCGCGGGAAAAUCGCGACGAUCUACCUGUCGCAGUAGAGAGGCGGUUGUUGGAUGAUCCGCGCGGCCUCGGAGAAUUCCUGGAUCAUCUCAAAGCUCAUUGGGCAUAUGUGAGGCGACCUCAUCUCCCUGCAAUAUGUCUUGCUUCAUUAUUAGCGACAGAAGGGGGGGUAAAACGAUGCGAGACAAACAAAAUUCUAACUUGCCUUGAUCCCUUCUUUUUUUUGGCCUCUAAUGGACUGGUCGGGCUUUGCCCGUGGGCAGCUAGAAACGGUGACAUUAUUGUGAUCUUGCAUGGGGGUAAUGUGCCCUUUUUACUUAGGCCUGUGAGCAGUGAAGUUGAGGGUGGCAAUAGUAGUAAGGAAGUGAAGAGAUUUGAAUUUGUUGGGGAGUACUUUGUCUCGGGUGUUAUGCAUGGUGAGUAUUUGAAAGGAAGAAAUUACUCGGAAUCAGAGAUAUUUACACUAGUUUGAAAGAUAUUAAUAUCUAAUAAGGGCGUCAAAGAUCUCUCUAA